AUGAGGGUAAAGUGCGGUGCACCGCUUGACGGUACCAAUACGGAGAAUGUAUUGAUAGAUGAAGGGUCUCCUGGAGAAGAAUAUACGUACACCUGCAUGGCGGGCUAUACAGCCGAUCCUCUGGACCUGAUGGUCGUCUGUGAACAGAACAAUACAGCAAUUACUGCAAGUUGGUCCCCUGGUCCACCUACUUGCACGCCGGCGUGGUCGGCGUGGUCAGAGUGGUCAUCGUGUUCCAAGACUUGUGGAGCUGGACAGCAGUCUCGAUCUCGAACGUGCUCUUCCAAAGCAUGCGAGGGAGUUGCUGUAGAGAACCGAGAAUGCAAUAACUUCGACUGUCCAGAAGAACCAACAACGACAAUGCAGCCGACGACAACGACAAUGCAGCCAACAACAAUGCAGCCGACGACAACGACAAUGCAGCCGACGACAACAGCAAUGCAGCCGACGGUACCACCAGCAACGAUUUUGCCUCCAGUAUGUCAUGGGACAUAUCGUACGAUCGAUUGUCGCCCGAACUAUGUCGUCAUAUGCAGCGCUUUCUACGGUCGGAAUGACAACAGCAUAUGUGAAAGCAGCCAAGCCAACCCAGCCAGCACGUGUUUCGAAGAUGUGACGGGUAUCCUGCAAAACCAAAGGUGCCGCAACAGGAAAAGAUGCUUUGCUCACGCGCGGGAUAAUUACAACGGCAUGGCAUGUGCAUCGAACCCUCAGAACUAUUUGGAAGUCACGUAUACAUGUGCACCAGAAGGAUGUCCUGUGCCGGCACUACCCGCUUCAUAGAAUUCCUACAUCAGAACAUGGUAUACCAGCAACUGUUCGCUGUCCCUUUCAAUGAUUUUUCAUCAAUUUCAUUGUUGAAUGUGUAAUCUGUAGAACAAGCGAACACAAACUGGUGUAAUUUCACCCUUUUUCCAACUUCAAAAAUACAAAAAACACGCAAAAACACACAUUAGCAAACUUAAAGUUAUCGAAGAUUGUAAAUCAUGGAUUAAAUAACGGGAGAUUAAAACAUCCACAAAUUAGCACUUUAUCCUAAAUUAUUGAGUCUUUGUCAGGAUCUUAUUUUUCUUUUACCAACUCUGGCACACAAAUUAUAGGAAUGGCGGAGUACUAAAUUCGAUUUUUUUUUUGGUGCACUAUUCCUAAUGCAAUUCUCAUAUAAAAUUUAUAAUUUAAACUGAAAUUUUGCCGGUAAUUUAAUACUUUGUAAUGUGAAACUGGUGCCUGGCCUCGGAAAUUCCCCCGCAGUGGAACCGCGGCUCGGAGCAUGGAACUUCAAAGCGGAAUGUUACACAUCCCAUUGUAACGCUUUAGAAUAAAUUACAAGAGUUUCCACUCCUUUCUUUCAUCUCCCUUAAUGUACGUACUAGCCAUUGCUUUGUUUGUUUGUUUGUUUAUUAUAUUUUAGCACGGUGGCAUACUUACGCCAAUGGCUGUUCUUCAGCAUGGCCGUGCAUAGUUACCCAUUGCAUAGUUACCCACUGCACUGGCACCCCAUUUCAAAGAAUUAAGUUGAGCAACUAUAUACCUGUUGGGCACUUUCCAUACAAGCCAUGCAAGCGAUGGCGGAAGCACUUUGUAUUUUGCUAUAAAAAAAAUGGCGCUGGUGUAAGUUAACACCGUCAGACAAUACAGUCAAAAACUGUCUAUAAACGCACGGUACAGUGUUUCGUUUACAAUGGAAAGCAGGUUUAUGUCUUACACAUAGACAAUAACAUUAAAAUAUUCGAUUUUUAAUCAUUGAAAAGCACUCACUGCUUUAACAAAAAAUUAACAGAAAUAUAAUGUAAACGAGAAUGUCCCUGUCUAAAACAGCAACAUGAAAACAAGGAAGUAGAACAUAAAUUCUUCUAAAAAUGUAAAGUCAUUCUGAAUUAAUGUAUUUCCGGGGCGCUUGCUCCUUUUAAGGUGACAUGGUUGUUAAAAGGUUUUAGGAGGAACCCAUAUUUUGCAGAAAUCAAAGGAAAUAUCUCUCCUUUGCUGAAAUUUAUUUUAUUAGUUUUAAUAACUUCAUAAUAGAACAAAAUUUAAAUUAAUUUGAUGAGUUGAAUGCUGAAUGAAUACAACUAGUUUGUCAGUGCAUUGUAAUCAGUAAUAAUACUAUUAUAUACGGUGUCUUAAGUUUUUUGUACUUUCAUUUAAUAUAAACGUCUUUUAUGCGCUUCUUGCAUAGAAAGGCAUUGUAACGUGUGCCUUGUAAACUGUUGCCAUAAUUGUUAUGAACAUUACUGAAGAAGAAGUAAAAGCGUAAUUAGACAUAAUACAUGAAUUAAUUGAAUAUAAUUGUAGCCUAUUACUGAAUCAUAUUUGUGUCGGAGAAUAUUUGUUGUUCGGGCAAGAAAAUCCUGAAAGUAUAUGUAACGUUCUAGACUUAUCUUUUGUCUUCCUCAUAGCUAGCAACAA